AUGGCGUCGAGUAAAGUGAACAAACAGGGCCCACGGGCGGACAGCUACAGAUAUGCUGUCACACCAUCAGGGGAGGAGAAGAAGAAGAAGAAGAAGAAGAAGGGAGAUGAUGACUUGGACGCUCUCAAACAGGAGCUGGAGAUGGACGAGCACAAAGUUCCCAUCGAAGAGCUCUAUGACAGAUUGGAAGCAGAUCCCACGAAUGGUCACUCCCCAGAUAGGGCCAAGGAGAUCCUGGCUCGAGACGGUCCAAACAUGCUGACCCCUCCAAAGACGACGCCCGAGUGGAUCAAGUUCUGUAAAGUGCUGUUCACUGGCUUCUCCCUCCUGCUGUGGAUUGGUGCCAUCCUCUGUUACAUUGCAUAUUCCAUCCAGGCCAGUCAACAGGAGAACCCUCCUGGUGACAACUUAUACUUGGGUAUUGUGUUGACGGCUGUGGUGGUAGUGACAGGAUGCUUUUCCUACUACCAGGAAGCAAAAAGUUCUCGGAUUAUGGACUCUUUCAAGAACAUGGUGCCUCAAUAUGCUAUUGUGGUGAGAGGAAGUCAGAAGUUGAGCGUGCGUGCUGAGGAACUGGUCCUUGGUGACAUCAUUGAGGUCAAGUUUGGUGACCGUGUCCCAGCUGACAUGAGGGUCAUCUCUGCCCACGGCUUCAAGGUGGACAACUCUUCCCUGACUGGAGAAUCUGAGCCCCAGAGCAGGACUGCUGAAUUCACCCACGAAAAUCCUUUGGAAACAAGAAAUCUGGCUUUCUUCUCUACUAACGCUGUUGAAGGUACUGCCCGCGGUAUCGUGGUGAAGAUCGGCGACCAGUCUGUGAUGGGCCGUAUUGCCAACUUGGCUUCUGGUCUGGAGGUGAACGAGACCCCCAUCGCCAAGGAGAUUGCUCACUUUAUCCACAUCAUCACUGGUGUGGCUGUGUUCCUGGGUGUGACCUUCUUCAUCAUUGCCUUCAUCCUUGGAUACUUCUGGUUGGACGCUGUCAUCUUCCUCAUCGGUAUCAUUGUGGCCAACGUGCCCGAGGGACUUCUCGCCACUGUCACUGUGUGCUUGACCCUGACUGCCAAGCGUAUGGCCAAGAAGAACUGUCUGGUGAAGAACUUGGAGGCUGUGGAGACCCUGGGCUCUACCUCCACCAUCUGCUCCGACAAGACUGGAACCCUCACCCAGAACAGAAUGACCGUCGCCCAUAUGUGGUUUGACGGGCGCAUCUCGGAGGCUGAGACCAAUGAGGAUCAGACCACUGCUUCCUACUCCAGCAAAGACCCCACCUGGAUGAGCCUGGCUCGUAUUGGUAUGCUGUGUAACCGCGCUGAGUUCAAGGCUAACCAGGAGAACGUACCUGUGCUCAAGAGAGAGUGCAAUGGAGACGCCUCAGAGUCGGCCCUGCUCAAGUGUGUGGAGUUGAACAUCGGCAAAGUGACUGAAUUCCGACGACGCAACAAGAAGAUCGUGGAGAUCCCAUUCAACUCCACCAACAAGUACCAGGUGUCCAUCCACGAGACAGAGGACCCCAACGACCCCAGCUACCUGCUGGUGAUGAAGGGCGCCCCCGAACGUAUCAUGGACCGCUGCUCCACCAUACUCAUGCAUGGCAAGGACCAACCCCUGGACGACAACUUCAGGGAGGCUUUCAACGCUGCUUACCUCGAGCUGGGAGGCCUUGGAGAGCGUGUGCUUGGAUUCUGUGACUACAACCUGCCCAUUGAUGAGUUCCCCCCCAACUUUGAAUUUGACGCUGAAGGUCCCAACUUCCCCAUCACUGGUCUGCGCUUUGUUGGACUUAUGUCUAUGAUUGACCCGCCCAGAGCUGCUGUGCCUGAUGCCGUCGGAAAAUGCAGAAGUGCUGGUAUCAAGGUUAUCAUGGUUACUGGUGACCAUCCCAUCACUGCCAAGGCUAUCGCUAAGGGUGUGGGUAUCAUCUCCGAGGGCAGCAAGACUGUGGAGGACCUGGCCGCUGAAAGGAGUGUGCCUGUGGAAGAAGUUGACCCCAGAGAAGCUAAGGCUGCCGUCAUCCACGGUGGUGACCUCCGUGACAUGACCCCGGCCCAGAUUGACGAGAUCCUGAUCAACCAUGCGGAGAUUGUGUUUGCCAGAACCUCGCCCCAGCAGAAGCUCAUCAUUGUGGAAGGUUGCCAGAGACAGGGCCAGAUUGUGGCUGUCACCGGUGACGGUGUCAACGAUUCCCCUGCCCUCAAGAAAGCUGAUAUUGGUGUUGCUAUGGGUAUUGCCGGUAGUGAUGUGAGUAAACAAGCCGCCGACAUGAUCUUGCUGGACGACAACUUUGCAUCCAUCGUCACCGGUGUCGAGGAAGGCCGUCUGAUCUUUGACAACUUGAAGAAGUCCAUCGCCUACACCUUGACCUCCAACAUUCCCGAGAUUUCGCCCUUCUUGUUGUUCAUCCUUGCGGACAUUCCACUGCCCCUGGGAACCAUCACCAUCUUGUGUAUCGAUCUGGGAACUGACAUGGUACCUGCCAUCUCUCUGGCUUACGAGCAGGCUGAGUUGGAUAUCAUGAAGAGAGCUCCUCGUAAUCCCUUCACCGAUAAGUUGGUCAACGAAAGACUGAUCAGUAUGGCCUACGGUCAGAUUGGAAUGAUCCAGGCUUCGGCUGGUUUCUUCACCUACUUCGUCAUCAUGGGCGAGAACGGCUUCUGGAUGUCCACGCUGCUGGGUAUCCGUAAGGAGUGGGACUCGCUGGGUAUCAACGACCUUGAGGAUUCCUACGGUCAGGAGUGGACCUACUCCCAGCGCAAGAAGCUGGAGUACACAUGCCACACAGCUUUCUUCGUGGCCAUCGUAGUGGUGCAGUGGGCUGAUCUGAUCAUCUGCAAGACUCGCCGUCUGUCUCUCUUCCAGCAGGGAAUGAAGAACCACCGUCUUACGUUCGGUCUGUUCUUUGAAACUGCUCUGGCUGCGUUCCUGUGCUACUGUCCUGGACUUGACAAGGGUCUGCGUAUGCAGCCUUUGAGGUUCACCUGGUGGCUGACGGCAAUACCGUACAGUUUGACCAUCUUCAUCUAUGACGAGUGCCGUAAACUGAUCCUGAGGAGAAACCCCGGCGGCUUUGUGGAGCGAGAGACCUACUAUUAGUUUCCCCGCAUUUUACACGUGUGCGUGGGCUCGUGCGUUGUGGGGCGUGUUUCAUCUGCUGGCCUAGCUGAGCUGCUCACCAGUGUGUCUGUGUAGGUCACAUGAAGAAUGUAGGUCAGACCUGCAGUGUUCUAUUCUCAAGCGUGCGAGGUGUAGGGUCGGUAGAUGGCCCCACCCCCCCACCCCACCCCACCCACCCACCCACAGCGCUGUGCAACACAGCAUUCUGAGGAGGGAAGUGAUUUCUCUGGGCUUGUAUACGCGGGAAUGGGAAUAGGCUUGUGAGUGUUUGCAAGUGCGAGAUAUAGUAUGAUGGUUGUAUGUGUGUGUGUGUGUUUGUGUGUGUGUCUGUCUGUGAAUGAGAGUGUUAGUGUGUGGGUUGGCUGGGAGGGCUAGAGUUGUCUGGUUGGUUGGUAUGAUAAGCUGCGGUGAACGUUGUUUGAGCGUGAUGCAGAUAACAAUGAUGACGGUGAUGAUGAUUCUAAUGAAGAUGAUGGUACGUCUGUACAGUAUCUAGGCACGGUAUUGUCCGAGUGUUAGUUGCUUUUGAGCAGUCUGCCAAGAGUGAAAAGUUUUAGCCUACGAAUAAUAUCGAUGAAAUGACGAUGAUGGCUGUUUCUUGUUGUUUUCUUUUUUUUUUUCUUUUUACUAUUAAUCUCUCUGGUAGCAGUGUGUAAGUGGAGGAGUGAAGUAAGAAGCCUAUGCGUUUUUUUUACAGACUAGUUGUCAGUCAAUAAUAUAUCAUGGGCUACGUGCAACAGUUAACGUUUGCCUUUUAUAUAUUUCCAUUGUAUGUGUGUGUGUGGGCACAGCUGGUAGUGCACGGGUUGCGAUCACUGCUCUCACUGUUUUAUCUCAUCCAAGUAGGACAGGAACACGUGUGUAAAUGUGAGUUGAGGGCUGUCUGCAUGGAAAAGUAGUGUAGAAUUAUUAUCGACAACAGUAAUAAUUUAGAAAAAAAAAUUUCAACAUGUCGGCAGGCCCAGAUUUGUUAGUUUUUAUCAGGUCGAUGUUUUUAUUAUUCAAGAAAUUUUACCCAUUCUCUCUGUCUCUCUCUCUGUCUCUUCUCUCUUUCUUCUCUCUCUCUCUCUCUCUCUCUCUCUUUCUCUCUCUGUCUCUCUCUUUCUCUCUCUCUCUUUCUCCACUCUUUCACUCUGGAAAGGAAAGUGUAAUAGUGAGUUCACAUGAUCAUAUACUUAAUCACCUCAGUGUAUUUAUGUGUCUGUGUGAUGAUACUAUGAUGCAUGGGGUUGGUGUUCCUUUUACGUAUAAUAUAUUGAUUGAUAUAUAUAUACUGCACAAAACGUAAGUCUUUUUGUUGAAUACUGUAGAUUCUCAAUGUGCGUGAGGUUCAGAUGGCAGUGAGUCCUGUUUGUUUUUCCCAUACAACAGUUGAGUUUUUGUCUCCUCCCCCUUGUCAAGGUACAUGCUAGAGUUUGGUAUGUGUUAGUGUGCACUGAGCCCCCCAACCCCACCCCCUGGGCUUUUGUACAUGGAUCGGGUUUUCGGUUUUUUGUACAUGGAUCGGUUUUCGGUCACCACUAUGCAGAUCUUUUGAUUUAUUUUUGGUUUUUGUUGUUUUUCAAUCUGUCGCAGUUAUGUGAAACUACUCCUGUCUCCUCCCCCCUCCCCACACCCCCACCCACCCACUGUACCCUUUACCACCUCCUUGUCAACUUGGGGGGGAGAAUUUCUCUAGCUAUGGUGAGGUAAUGCUUGUACCAGUUGAGUAAAUUCGGAAGCAGAUAAAUUUAUAGUCAGGGGGGAAGUAGGUCUCAUUCCUAGUUUGGCCCUCGCAGAGAGAGACAUUUGUCACUGUGUAAUGGGGAAAACUGUCCCGUCUUUGCAUAUUCUUCAAUAAUGUCCCAUUUCGGAAAAGGUAUUUUGUCUUCAUAUUUUAACCUAGAACGCAUGGAUUUUCAUAGCAAGGAGGAUGAUCUUUAUUUAAACGGUGUUCAAUAAAACUUUGGCCAGUGCUUACUAUGGUAACUGGUGUAAUGUUUCUAUCUUCUCUUGGUUAUUUCAACAUGUUUCCACCAUUCCCACCCCCCCCUCCCUCGUUGUGUAUAUCAUCCAUUGACCUGUGUCCAUCAUGGCAAUAGUAUUUCACCUUGUUGUGUAGAUACUUUGACAGAAAAACAAACAAACCUUGUGAUGCUGAGAGCGAAGUGCAUGAGUCUUCGGAAAAUGUCUUAUCAAAGAAACAGUGAUAACUUGGUAUGGUUUUAUGUAUUGGAUCUAGCUAAUGUUUUUUUUUGUUUUGUUUGUUUGUUUAAGAUCUACAUAUUGUGCAUUGUGCAUGUUUAGGAAUGGAAUGAAACUGUUUACAGACAUUGAUGAUUGAUGCUAUGUUCUGAAUAAUUAGGAUUUUUGUACAUGUUGUCAUUGUUCUGACUGUAUGCUUUGCGCCCCUUACUUUGUACACGUUAAAUGUUAGAAUCGAACUAAGACUCUUUGUAAUGUACACUUGAUUUUCCUUCUUCCUCCCGUCACCCCCCCUACUCUUCACCCCACCCCACCCUUCCUCAUCAACUCGCGUCACCUCGUUAAGCGCACGCUUGCUUCAGUCGGCCUUGAAGGGGCAGCUGAUGCGCUGGACUAUUUCUAUCUUUCGAUUCAAGUUGUCAGCGCUUUGUUGCGCCAGUCACUCUGCUUCUAUUUUCAUCUCUCUCCCUCCUGAUAUUUUGUUCUCUUCAUUUGCGCUUCUUUUUGAAUGGAUCAUGAAGGUCAUGAGGCAGACACUCUGAUGCAACCAGCGUGGAUCAUCCAGCACUUGUGCAUUUACCUGUCCGCUUCUCUUGUGUAUAGAAACAUAAUAACCAAGAUAAAAAUUUUUUUUUUCCAUUUUGAUUUGUUUUUGUUUUUUUAAAUUUUCUUUUAACGCUUCAGUUUUUACAUCUAGUAGAAUAUACUGUUGUUUUGUAGGUCAUUUCAAAUUGUUUUGUCAUCAGUUUUGUGUUGUGCCCAUCCCUCCUCACCAUAUUUGGUAAAACAUUAUUUUUUUUUUGCUUUUUUAAAAAACGAUUAAAAUGAAGCCUUUGUUGUGUUGGAUAUUUCAUCAUCCAUCUCUCACCCCCUAGAGCAAUGUUCAUUGUGCACAAACUGAUUCAGUUGUUAAUGUAGAACUGUGACCAAGUUGCAAGGAGCACUUACCACGGGUGGGGGGGGGGGGGGGGGGUAUUUUAGGAUCUUGACAACUAUCAAAUUUUUUAAGUGUAAAAAAAAAAGGAACAUGCACACAAACAAACCCGAAAAAAAAUUGGAAGAAAAAAAGACGGCUGUAGGUGGAAAAAAAAGAUGUGUGUUUAGGCCUGUGAACAAAAUGGACUUGUGUCCAUGGGUUUCACUUUGGCUGAUCUUUCAGAGCUGCAAGUCAAAUGUUGUUCUGCAGUUUUAUACACCUUCCCUCCCCUCCCUUUUUAAUGUAGUGCGGGCCGGCUGAGUGCAUGGGACCAUGCUAUCAUCUCUUGUUCAUUCCUCGGCCUUACCCUUUGCAAGGAUCGGAGUUUGUAUCCCAGACAUCUACAGCCUGAAAACUUUUAUUGAAGGUCAUGUGGUUCAGUGAAACAAUUUGGAAACACCCCCACCCCCCCGUCCCAUAAUCAUUCAUUAAUUCAUAUCUGAAUAAAAUUUAAUCCUAGAAAAGUACCUGAUCUUUGUUUUGUUGGUCAUUCCUGAUGGCAGUCGUGUAUUGUGUCAGAGAAUAUUUUUUUUCCCUCCCCCUUCUUUUCUUUUUUCCUCCUGUGCAACAGGCUUUGUUCUUAGACACAGAUGUGUUGUCAUUUCUUUUUCUCCCAACCAGCACAUUCCAAAUAAUUACCUCCUCCCUGUGAAGUGAAAGACUUUCUCUCGCCCUUUGUGACGAGCCAACAAACUUAGGGGAGUAGACGCAAUGGAUCUCUGUAACCCGUAGUCAUCCGGCUCUCCAUAUCAACAACAAUAUAUUGUCCUGGAUCGCGCUUUUGUGGAUAUUUGUGAUCGUGAUAGACGGACAUGUAAAUCUGAUUUGUGGUGAAUGAAAUUUAUUUUACUAUUUGAAAAUCUUUUAGAAUAUUGAGCCGCAAUCGAUCGAUUGUCUACAUGCACACGCUGUGUGUAAGUGUAUAGUACCAGUGUUUGCAAGCUGUGCUUUAUUGAGAGAGAAUACCAGAGAAUGAGAAAGAAAAGUAACUCGCUUUGAUUAUUAUAACAACACUACUCAGGGUAGAAGAAACAACUCCCAUCACCAAACAUUCUGUGCUGUUGACUCCUUCCUUCCCCUGUUUGAUAACAAAAAAACUACCAAUAUUUAAACCAUUUGUCUGGUUUUGUGUUCUCCUUCCAAAUCUGAGAUAGCUUGUGAGAAUGCGGAUGUCACCCUUCCACCAACUCCAUCAGAGUUUUGAAAUUGAAAACAAGUCGAUCGCUGCAUAAUUUACAUUGAGCCAUUUGCAAGUAGAUUAUCUCCUGACUUGUUUGAGUAUACUCUUUUAAAAGGGAAUGGUCGUUCUUUGUGAUGUGUCUUAGAAACUCAUAAUUUACCUGUAGGUUAUUUGUUAAAAGUUGUGUUAAAAUUAUUUUCUGUACUUUUAAUGCAACAUAUUCAAAAUAAAGAUCUUAUUCUCAUCA